UGGGGGCCGCGUGGGCGGGAGACGGCGCGCGACGGUCUGGGGACUGCAGACCCACACCAAAAUGGCCACCGUCCCUCUUGGCUUCGACAUCGAUGCCCCGCGCUGGGACCAGAGCACCUUCAUGGGCCGCCUGAAGCACUUCCUCAACAUCACAGACCCACGGACUGUGCUGGUGCGAGAGGAGGAGCUGGACCGAGCCAAGGCCUUGGUGGAGAGCUGCAGGGCUGGGCUAGUGCCACCAGGAAGCACCCAGGAGCAGCUACUGUAUGCCAAGAAGCUGUACGACUCAGCCUUCCACCCUGACACCGGUGAGAAGAUGAACCUCAUCGGGAGGAUGUCUUUCCAGGUGCCGGGGGGCAUGGCUCUCACUGGCUGCAUGCUCCAGUUCUACCGGACAGUGCCUGCCGUGGUUUUCUGGCAGUGGAUGAACCAGUCCUUCAACGCCAUUGUCAACUACACCAACCGCAACGCUGCGUCCCCCGUCUCACUGAGGCAAAUCGGAGUGGCUUACGUCACAGCCACCAGCACAGCCCUGGCCACCGCAGUGGGACUCAACCUCUACACCAAGCGCGCCCCCCCCUUGCUGGCCCGCUGGGUCCCUUUCGCAGCUGUGGCUGCUGCCAACUGUGUCAAUAUCCCCCUGAUGCGGCAACAGGAGAUCAUCAACGGGAUCAUGGUGACAGAUGGGGACAACAAUGAGCUUGGUCUCUCCAGGAGAGCAGCAGUGAAGGGGAUUGCACAGGUUGUCAUCUCCAGAGUCACCAUGGCAGCACCCGGCAUGAUUAUUUUGCCCAUCAUCAUGGAGCGACUGGAGAAAUUUCCCUUCAUGCAGCGGAUCCGGGUUCUCCACGGGCCUCUGCAGGUUCUGCUCUGUGGGGGUUUCCUCCUGUUCAUGGUGCCAGCAGCCUGCGCCCUGUUCCCGCAAAGAUGCUCCCUUGCACUGGCUGACCUUGAGCUGGAGCUGCGUGACAGCAUUGUGGCCAAGCAUAGGGACAAAGUGCCACACGUCUAUUUUAACAAAGGACUGUGAACAAAGACUACCUCAUGAACCAUCACACCCCUCCAGCCCCCCUGCCACCACCAGCCUCUGCAUCCUGAGCAGGGUUUAGAGGCACACACCAGGCAGAUCUUCCCCUCAGCCCAGCACUGUCUCUGCUGCCUCCUUCCCCUGGAGAGGCAGGAUCUGGCUCUGUGUGCCCAGUUUACAGCACUUUGGCUCAUCCAGAGCCCCUCCCCACCUACUGCUGGCUGUGUCCCUGCCUCCCCACAUCCCUCUUGCCCUGGGCAAUGGCUGGGCUUGCUGUGCCUUCUUCCUGCCCCACGCAGGCAGAUCUGUUCAGCCUGUCUAACCCUCAUGUGGUCACUGGGCUUGGCCCUGUGAGGCAUCAGGCUCUUCCUCAGGACUCAGAGCACAGUCCUACCUGCCUGCCAUUCUACCUAUAACCAAAGCACAUUGCUGCCUUAAACCACCACAGUGGCCUCUUACCAAAAGCUGGAUGACACCUUGGCAGGCAGGAAGGGACUUGUUGCCUCUGCACAGGGAGCACCCCAAAGUUUGGGCACCAAUAAUGGGACCAUGCAUUCCUUGCUCUCAGGUUCAGGGUUUAUUCACUUGCGAUUGCCACAAUCCAGGAAAGAAAUAGUUAAUUGUUUUUAAGCUCUAAUUUUUAGAGUCCACCUCUUCCUCUGAGAGCCAGCUGUUGCCUUUGUCCUGCAUCUCACUGUCCCCGUGGUAGGACCGAGGACCUGCAGCUUUGGGAGACAUUUGACUCAGCCCCCUUGAACAGGGGAAAGAGACAACAGGAGUCACAAAGCUGUGGAGGCAUUAGCUCAAGCUCUGAGUAGCAGCACUGCAAACAACAGAGAGAGAAGGGUUGGUAAAUAAAAUGCAAUGAUUUUUUAAAAAAACAACA